AUGUUCUGCACCAUUCUUGCGCUGGCCCUGGGUCUCAGCGGUUUGUAUUACUUCCGAUACUACUAUGCAGCGCCGCCUAAGACGCAGUUACAUGGCCACGAAGAUCACAAAUCGGCGACCGAGAGCGGCUUUGAUUUGCACCCGGACGUGUCUCGCAGUAGCAGGGGUAUCGGGUUCCCUACCGACUUCCUAAACAUGUUCAUGAAGAGCAUCAGCAUUUUCGGCUACAUCGAGGAGCCAGUGUUCCACGAGUUCUCGCGGCAGCUGCAGACGCGUCGGCUGCUGGCAGGCGAGCGCAUGUUUGAUAAUGACGGCGACCGCGACGACCAGAAUUUCUAUGUCGUUAUCGACGGCCAGGUGCAGAUUUACUUGGUUGACCAGGCCGAUGGACAGGAGGCUCAUGCGGGUGAAGUAGACGGCGAACCAGCAGGGUCGGCCAUUCUGCUCAACGAGAUUGGGCCGGGCGAUGUGCUGUCGAGUCUAUUUUCGAUUCUGUCGCUGUUCACCGAGGGCGUUCCGCUACGCCAGCACGUGCACGACGAUUUGCCCGCUGGCAAUCAUGCGGACAGUCGUGGUGGCGACCAGGUGUCCGCUGUAGAUACGAGCGGGGUGCUGCGCAGCAUCCACCUGCAGGACACAGCACGGCCGAACGUGAUUGCAAGAGCCACCACCGACACUACCCUGGCCAUGAUUCCUGCCAACGCCUUCCAGCGAGUGACGCGUCUGUACCCAAAGGCUGCUGCACACAUUCUGCAGGUUAUCCUGACCAGGCUGCAGCGGGUGACGUUUGCCACCCUGUACGACUACUUGGAUGUGCCGCACGAGCUGGUAGCCGUCGAGCGCAACAUUGGCGAGCUGGCGAAAUACUCGAUAGACGCUGGCAAGGCACUGCAGGCUAUCAAGGGCAUUUAUGGCAGCAGUUCAGCCGAGCAGACUAGCAGGGCUACUGCGCAGAGCCCUUUACUCAAUGCCUCACGUGCUGGCACAGGCAACGACCUGCCCAGCUACUCUCAUCGCUUCGGAGCUACCGCCGGGCUGCAGGCGUCGUGGAAGAUCAGCCAUGCUAUGCUUAGUGCACUGGCCAAGCAGGUCACGCAGAAGCCGCCUAUGGAGAAUGAGCCCGAGGCUAGCCUGGAACUGCCAGAGGCAGCUAAGAUUACGCGCAAGAACAGCACCCAGGACCACAGUCCCCGCCACCGCCGGGCAGGCAGCGACUCUAUUCCCCUGGGCGGCGUGCCAAGCGGUGAGAGCAUUGAGCAGCUGCGCAAAGAUGCGCUGCAUAUGCUGUGUCUGAGCAUCGGCCUGAAUCCCGACACGGCCGAUGGCCGGUAUCCGCAAGCCAACACUGAAAGGCAGGCAUUGACACCUACUGGGACAAUGUCACCGGUGGCCCACUCGAGCACACCGACAAGCCGUCGCAGCAGCACCCACCGCAAACUGCCGCGGACCGAACAUUUCCUCCCUCUUCUGCAGUCGAUCAACCUGCCUGCAUCCCAGCAGCGUGCAGCCUCUGGCACGCCGCCACUGCCGCUAUCGGAGAUUCCAUCGCUGGCCAACGAGCUCGAGCUGUACUGCGUGCCCGACAAUUUUGCUCUGGUUGAGCAAGGCGAGCGGCCCGCUGGUCUGUUUAUUGUCCUGGACGGAACGGUCGAGGUGACGCCGCGCAGGUCUGCCGCGGGGUUUGCGCGGCAACCGGGAUAUGGAGCGCAGGGAGCACCCCAAGGCACAGAGCAGCGGGGCCUGCCGCAGGAAAAUGCAACCAAAACGUACAGGCUGGGUGCCGGCGAUCUGGUCGGGUAUCUUCCAGCACUUACGGAUAUGGCAUCGUUCUGCACUGCACGUGCGCGCGGCAGAGUUAUCGUUGGCAUGGUGUCGCGAUGGGCCUUGGAUCGAAUCUGUGAGCGCUAUCCGAUCAUCUUGAUGACGCUUGCACGUCGCAUCACGUCGCAGCUGCCGCCGGUAGUGCUCAACAUCGACUACGCUCUGGAAUGGGCGCACGUGCGUGCUGGUGAGAUGGUCUAUAGGCGCGGUGAGAUGAGCGAUGCAGUCUACCUGGUGAUAACUGGCCGUCUGCGGGCCUUUGUUGAGAAAGACAACGGCAGCAUCAGUAUCCUGGCGGAGUACGGCCAGGGCCAGUCGAUUGGUGAACCCGGGCUGCUACUCAAUGAGCCAUGCUCUUCGAACCUGCAUGCGAUCCGCGAUACGGAACUAGUGCGUAUUCCGACUGCGCUGUUCAAGGCGCUGAUGCGCACUGCCCCCAGCCUGACCUUCCACCUGAGCCGUGCCCUGGCUGUGCGUACAGCGCAGUCGCUGCAGAGCCACCAGCUGAUGGAGCAGCAGCGUUCCCGACUGGCCGACGCUAUGGGAUCGCAUGGCGGCGAGGGUGGCAUGCGCAGCCACAACAAGAACCUGAAGAGCAUUGGCAUUAUCCCUGUCAGCAACGACGUGCCUGUGCAUGUCUUUGCACAGCAGCUUGAGCACGCGCUGCGCAGUGUGGCCGGCAGCGUUGCACUGCUAGACCAUACUGCUGUGAGCCGUGUGCUGGGCCGCCAUGCGUUUGGGCGCAUGGCCAGGCUGAAGACCAUGAGCUGGAUCGCCGAGCUCGAGCAGCGCUGCCGGCUCCUUUUGCAUGUGGCUGAUGGCGGCAUCAGCUCGCCGUGGACUCGGCACUGUGUGCGCCAUGCUGACUUCAUUCUGCUGGUAGGUGUUGGCGACGGUGACAGCAGUGUAGGCGAUUAUGAGCGCCUUUUGCUGUCACUGAAGACCACAGCGCGCAAGGAGCUGGUGCUUCUGCACGAGACACGCAGCUGCCCCACUGGCAGCACACGCGAGUGGCUCCGACUCCGGCCCUGGGUGCAUGCCCACCACCAUGUGCAGAUGCCGCUGGGUGUGCUGGACAUGGAGGGCGAUAUGGAGGUGACACGUCGGCAUAUCCGCAUCCUCAAGUCGCGCAUCGAGCACUAUUACAACGCCCUGAAGCACAGCGACCCGUAUGCACGCAAGACACUGCAUGGCCCGCGCUCAGAUUUUGCACGUCUGGCGCGCUACCUGUGCGGGAAAUCAGUCGGCGUGGUCAUGAGCGGUGGCGGCGCGCGAGGAAUGGCUCUGCUGGGUGUUCUGCAGGCAUUCGAAGAAUCCGGGAUUCCGGUGGACAUGGUUGGUGGCACUAGCAUUGGCGCGUUUGUCUCGGGUCUGUAUGCACAGAGCCCCGACACUGUGUCGAUUCAUGGGCCAGCAAAGGCAUUUGCACGCCGCAUGAGCUCGACCUGGCGCUUCCUCCUGGACGUCACCUACCCGAUUCUGGCGUACACGUCGGGCCGCGAGUUCAACCGUGCCAUCUGGAAGGUGUUCCGUGAUGCCGAGAUCGAGGAUCUGUGGCUGCCUUUCUACUGCAUCACUGCCAACAUCACUAGAUCGCGGCCGGAGGUGCAUAUUGCUGGGCUUUUAUGGCGGGUUGUGCGUGCCAGCAUGUCCCUUAGCGGGUUCCUGCCUCCCCUGUGUGACGCCAACGGCGAUCUGCUAGUCGACGGCGGGUACCUUGAUAACCUGCCUGUGCGCGCCAUGCAGAGCGAGCUCGGUGCCGACAUGAUCUUCGCUAUUGAUAUUGCUGGCGAGAACGACUCGAGCCCUGUCAGGUACGGUGAGUCGGUGUCAGGACUCGGUGUUCUGCUGAACCACCUGAACCCAUUCCGCAAGUACUGGAUCCCAACUCUGUCCGAGGUGCAGACGCGCUUGACAUACUCGUCGUCCGACAAGGAGCUGGAAAGCGCCAAGGCAAAUUCCGGAUGCGUGUACUUGCGUGUGCCGCCCAGGGAUGUCGGCGUAUUAGAUUUUGGACGGUUUGAUGAACUCCACCGGAGAGGGUACCAGUACGCAAAGCUGUGGAUAUCGGAGUGGCAGCGCGAAGGGCUGCUGGGGCUUUGGCAGGAAGACCGCGGUGCAGCAGGUGCCGGAAACUCACUGUCCACGAGCCAUUCUGAGGGAGCAACGCCAAAGGCGCUCAAGUUGGCCCGCCGCAACUCAAUUUGA